AACCCUAGGGAAAAAGACCGUGACCUCUCUUGAAGGUCUUCCUCUCCACAUUUUCUAAAGUUUUCUUCAUCUUCAUUGAGUUCUUCUCUUCAUCUCCAUUACAAUACUCAAGUCUUUCUUCUUCAAUGAUAUUCAUAUUCACAUUUGACUUAAGAAAAUCAAGAAACCAUUAAAGAAGAAGUGAAAAUUCCAUCCAAGAAUUGUAAAGGUAUGGAUCACAUCUUUAUAUGCAUGGACUAUAAUGGUGAGUGGAAGAUUACAAGUAAUCGUAUUUGGGAAUGGUUUGGUACUGGUUGCAACAAGGGAUUUGUGGUUGACCGGAGUAUCAAGUUUCAUCAACUAGUGAAUAAAGUCUAUGAAAAAGUAGGUGUUGAUCGAAAUUUAUAUGAAAUUGAAAUAACUCAUAAGGUGGCUGGUGAAACAUUCAACAAGAUGGCACCAAGUAAGAUUUGUGGUGAUUCUGAUGUAGAGGAUCUGUUGAAGGAGUUGUACAAAGCUAAAGAAGUGAUUCCUUUGUAUGUGUGCGUCAAAAAGAAUAAUGAUAAAGGAAAGAUGAAGCUUGUCAAUGAUGGUGAUGGUAAUGGAUUCACUGGUGAUGAUGUUGAAUUUCGUUGUGAUGAUGGUGUUUUUGAUAAUGGAAGCUUUUACGAUAACUAUUUUGGGUGUCAUGUAAUAGAUCAAUUUCCAAAUGAUCCAAGCUAUGUCCCGAGUGAAGAUAUAGCGCAGAGUGGUGAAGACAUCAUUGGUUCCAAUCCCACACCAGAUGAUAUAGUACAUGAGGGAGGUAACAAUGUACUCGAGGAAUGUGAGAAAGUAGUUCAAGAAAAUAAUGAUGUAAUUGGGAAUGACAAUAUAGUCGGGGGAGGCCAGAUUAUCCCUUAUCAACAUUUUGAUACGUUUAUGGGAAAUUUUGCACAAUUUAAUAGAGAAGCAAGUCAAAAUAGUGGCAGACAUGAUGGAUAUGAUUUAAAAGUGGGUCAACACUUUGAGAGUAAGGAUGAUUUGAGUUAUUAUCUUAGCAUCAUCGCCAUUAAUGGGAGAUUUGAAAUGCGAACAACCAAAUCAACCAAGUCUGUAAAGGAGGUUCGUUGUAUUAGUGAAGAUUGCUCAUGGAGAGUCCGUGCUACAAAGAUGAAAGAUUCACAUUUCUUUGUCAUUCGACAAUACUAUAGUCUUCACAGUUGCUCAUUAAUGAACCGAAAUGCCAAUCAUAGACAAGCAUCCAGUCGUGUUAUUGGUUCUCGUGUACAGGGACACUUUAAGAAUAGUAAAGACCCACUCAACCCAAGAAGCCUCGCAGGAUUCAUGCGUGAGGAAAUGAAAGUUCAAGUCAGUUAUUGGAAAGCUUGGAAAGGAAAACAGUGGGCUCAAAAUUUGAUUAGAGGAACGGCCAAAGAAAAUUUUGCCUUGCUCCCUUCGUAUUGUCACAUAUUGAAGCGGGCAAAUCCAGGUACAGUUACCCACAUUGAACUUGAUUCAGAAAAUAAGUUCAAGUACUUUUUUAUGGCUUUAGGUGUGGCCAUAAGAGGGUUCACUUACAUGAGGAAAGUAAUUGGUAUUGAUGCGGCUUGGAUCAAAACUAAGCAUAAGGGUGUGUUAUUAGUAGCAACUACACAAGAUAGUGAAUAUCAUACUUACCCCAUUGCAUGGGGUUUGGUUGACAGUGAGAAUAACGCUUCAUGGACAUGGUUCUUAGAGAAGUUGAAGGAGUUGAUACCUGAUAGCUCAGACUUAUGUUUUAUUUCUGAUAGACAUCAAAGUAUCAAACAUGCAGUUCGUCAUGUUUAUGUUAUGGCUUCUCAUGGGGCAUGUUAUUGGCAUGUAAAACAUAAUAUAAAACACCGUUUCAAAAGUGCUGCAGGGACUAAAUUGUAUAAGAAAGCUGCAAUAGCGUACCGUAUCGAAGAGUUUAAUAAACACUUCGACCAACUUCGCAAAAUAUAUCCACGUGUCGCUAAGUAUCUUGAGAAUGAUGUCAAGUUCAGAAAGUGGUCUAGAGCACAUUUUGGUGGUAAUCGAUAUGAAGUCAUGACCACUAACAUAGUUGAGUCAGUGAACAAUUUGAUGCGAAAGGCAAGAGAGUACCCUAUUAUUGCUAUGACUGAUUUUAUCAUAAGCACGAUGGGACAAUGGUUCCUUGAACGUCGACGGGAAGCAUAUGCAGUGACAACUCCAUUGACACCGAGGAGGGAAGAAAUAUUACGUAAAAGAUGGGAUGAAGUCGGUUCAUUGAUAACUCUCCAGUUAAACGAGAAUGAGUACAAUGUGAUGUGUGGAGAACUCGAUUCAAUAGUAAAUUUAAGGUCAAAGAGUUGCACGUGCAAAGUUUUCGAUAUUGAUAACCUUCCAUGUAUCCAUGCAAUAGCGGCAGCAGGAAAGGCACAACCCCAAAAUACUGGGGAACUCAUAUAUUCUAUGUGUUCAAAAUACUACACGUCAGAAUAUUGGUUAUUAGCAUAUGCUGAAACUAUUUAUCAUGUUCCUCCAAACUCACAAUGGACCGACAUUCCUGAAGAUGUUAUUGCAGUACAAGUGAUAGCACCUCCUGAAGACAAGACUAAAGGAAGACCAAAAAUCAAUCGCAUACCUUCCCAAGGUGAAGUCCCGAAGAAAAAAUAUAAUUGUGGAGCAUGUGGACAAUCAGGACAUAAUUCAAAAAAAUGUCCUAGUCGACAAGUGCCAUCAGAUGUUAGAAGCACAACUCAUGUGUGAUUUAUUAUUAUUUAGUUAUCUAAAUACUAUAUUUAAUGUUUCUUGUAUUUGAUCUAUGCAAACUUGAUUCAGAUCUAUCUGUCAAAUUUAUGCUAA